AAAGGGAAUUUUGUGUAGAGAGUCCGAAUCGCUAUUUGUUCUACACCUGCCAUUGCGUUGUUCUUCAAAAUCUCGAACAAGGAAGGAAGGAGAGGAAGCAUGAUGAUGAGCCUGACGGUGGAUGAAUCCCGAACGCUCUACUCUUUGCUAGCAGGAGGAGAUCACCGCACAUUUCUGGAUAUCAUCUCCGAUUUUACCACCAAGAUCCCUCGCACUCGUCACUUUGUUGCUUGUUAUUCUCUCGUUAUUCUGUUGGAGCGCAAGAAGUUGCUCCAUGCCACACAACGUUUGGUGGGAUUUUCCAUUCUUCACCAGACAUAUUCCUCGCAGAAAUCAUCUUCCAAUCCGUUUAUAUCUUUUAUUGUGAAUGCUGCUUCAGAUGAGGAAGCUGAAAAAUAUGAGAGGGCAUUUGUUUUCCAGCUUUUAGCGACAGACAGCUCCAGUGGUGGCAAAGAGUUCCUGAAACAGUCUGCUUCCGAUUACAUUAAAGGUUUCGACCCUUCAUUGCAUGCUUUCCCUCAGCUAGAGCAACUGCAGCAACAGUUUUGUGAUAAAGCUCAAGGUCAAUCGUUUGAUUGCUUUUUGAAAGAUUGUUCUGUGAGAAAUGUGGUUCCAGACCCUGAUGUCCCACUGGGUUGUGAUGCAAACUCGGCAGAGUUUGACCUGUUACCUGGAGUGGUUCCUAAAUUGGGAUCUGGAGAUAGAGAUGAGACAUUGCUGGGGUUAUUGUCCAAUUUGUCACUUAAAGGAUCAAGUCCCGAGUGGAUUAGGCCUCUUCCACCAAGGCUUCCGAUACAGAAUGGAGAGUUAGUGUGGUUGAACCUUGACGAUCGUCAUGAACUUUUAUGGGACCAUGGAAUGUGUGUUGACACUAGUAGAGGCGCAGCUGUGAGGGACUUAAUUGCAAAAGCUCUGAAAGGGCCUCUUAUACCUUCUCAACAAGAGCAAGUGGUGGUAGAGUUGGCAAACGACCCAAAGCUUGUAUAUCAUUGUGGACUGACACCCCGAAAGCUUCCUGAAUUGGUGGAAAACAAUCCUCUUAUUGCAGUUGAAGUUCUAAAGAAAUUGAUUAAUUCCCCUGAAAUUGCAGAGUACUUUACUGUGCUUGUUAAUAUGGACAUGAGUUUACACUCUAUGGAAGUUGUCAACAGGCUAACGACAGCUGUUGAACUUCCCUCUGAGUUCAUACACAUGUACAUCACUAAUUGUAUAUCAUCGUGUGAGGGCAUUAAAGAUAAGUACAUGCAGAACAGAUUAGUUCGGCUUGUAUGUGUUUUUCUACAGAGUUUAAUUCGAAAUAACAUCAUCAAUGUGAAAGAUCUUUUCAUCGAAGUUCAAGCUUUCUGCAUCGAAUUCUCUCGGAUCAGAGAAGCGGCGGCGUUAUUCAGGCUUCUUAAAUCUUUGGAAUGAGUGAGAGUAAACCAAAGGCAUCCUUUUGUAAAUAGCAAUUGUUAGCCAUUUUAUACUCAAAAGUCUUAGGCCCCUCUCUUCCCUUCUCUGUCUGUCUGUGGCUGUCUUAUGGUUUAGCAGAUGUCUGACUAAAUAUGUAUUAGCCUUUAUUACCAAUUGUAUUUUGUUAUGGAUUUUUGUAUGUUGCUUACUGGCUAUUGAUUUGGAAACCCCUCGGAAUGGUGGCUUCAGGUUUUUUGGCCUAUAUGCCUUUCUCCAACUCAUUGCUGCCUUUUGUCGCCAAAAGAUUAGGGAUCCAAAUAAUUCUGUUGUAUUUUUUUACGCAAGUAAUGUCUCAAUUAAGUGCCCAUUUCUUUUA